GAAGAACUGUAUAACGAGCUUCAGAGAGAAAUUGACAGAAAAACCAGAAUAGAACGUGAAAUUAUGAUCAUGAAAGAUACAUAUCUAGAACAGGUGAAACGAGAAAAAUCCUACCGAGACGAGAUGGCCCAACAGUUACAGUUAGUCCGAGAAACUCUAUCUUCCCAUGAUGCGUUACAUAACUUCUCGUGUAAGAUGUUGGCUGCUAGACAUUGCGAGGACUGUCCCUGCCAGGAACCAGGUCUGGGGAAUUAG